AUGGCUCUCGAUUCCACGUUCUCGUUCACCGGGACGACUUUUGACCUUGCAGUCACAGGCCUCGGGGGCUGGCUACUUGUUUUUGGCCCCUUCUCGUCGUUUUUCAAGGACCGGUUGUACCUUUCCGUCGCCUGCUUGUCUUUUCUCGCCGGGCUCGCGUUUGCCAGAUCUACAGGUCUUGUCGAGCCCGUGCAUUCCACAGAACACGGGAACAUCGACGAGGUUGCCGCGACGACGUUGGACCUCACUCGUAUAGUGUUGGGCGUGCAAUUGCUGUUUGCCGGCGUGUCUCUGCCGCGGCGAUUUCUGCGAACAGAAUGGAAACCCCUCUCAUUGCUCCUUGCACCCGGCAUGGUGGCCAUGUGGGCUUGCAGCACUGCGAUCAUCUGGCUGCUGGUACCGGGCCUGAGUCUCGUUCAUGCCAUGACCAUCGCCGCAUGCAUCACGCCGACGGACCCCAUCCUGUCGGCUACCGUCCUCGAGGGCCGUUUCGCCGACCAGAACGUGUCGCGCAGUCUUCGCGAUCUCAUCAUUGCCGAGUCGGGCGCCAAUGACGGCCUUGGCUAUCUUUUUCUGUUCUUCGCCCUAGACAUUGUCAAGUAUUUCCCAGGCACCAUCUCUGGCUCGUCCCUCGGCGAAAGCCAACUCGGCGAGGCCUUGGGUUCCUUCUUCGGCAACACUUGUCUUUACGUCGUCGGUACGAGCAUUCUCUACGGGUGGGUCGUUGGGUAUGCCGCCAAGCUUAUGCUUCAGUGGGCAAACAGCAAAGGACACAUCGACCGCGAGAGCUUCGUCACCUACUCGGCAGCGCUGGCGCUCUUCAUCCUCGGAACCUGCGGCAUGGCCGGCGUUGACGAUGUACUGGCGUGCUUUGUCGCCGGCAACGCCCUCACCAGGGAUGAUUGGUUUCGCCUCGAGACGGUCGAGGACUCAUUCCAGCAUGCCAUGGACACACUGCUCAAUACAGUCAUUUUCAUGUGGAUCGGAGCGAGAUCAUCCUAUCGCUACAUCCACCAGGUCGAAGACUUGCGGCAGGCUCUUUUCGUGGGAUACUUCGGCCCCAUUGGUAUCUCGGCCAUCUUCUACCUCUGUGUUGGUCUAGAGUUCCUCAGGGGUCUUGAGACUGAAACCAGAGCGCAUGGUGAGCUCAGACGCUUGAAGGAGCUCAUGGUGACGAUUGUCUGGUUCCUGGUUGCGUUCAGUGUGAUUGUCCAUGGCUUGAGUGUUCCCGGUGCGAUCUUCGGCAUGCGGUUGAAGCGAUUCUUGUUCUCAUUUAGGGCAUCCUCGUCUCAGGGUUCGAUCACGUUGUAG